GUUUUAUGUUUUAUCAUGGUGCAUGGGCGUCCUACCUUGAUCCUAUCUGCGGCCGGAACCACACUGACCUCCGAUAACACUGAGCAUGUGACAAAGUCGACCGAGUGCAUGUCUAGGCAAAAGAUAAGUGUCUGUGUCCUUCCCACCAGUUCGCCAUUCUCCUUCGUCUGGUUCAACAUGCUUUGUCUGGUGCUGCUAGCUCUCCUUCCGACAGCGUUUGCGAUAGACUGCGCCGCCGAGGGUGAUGGAGUUCACGAGAUGGGAUGUCGCGCCUUUGUCACUUGUAAUGCUGGAGUUGCCACGAUAACGGAAUGUAAAGGCAACACGGUCUAUGACGGAAUCACAAAGACAUGCCGCGAUCCCAGCAGGCUGUCGAAUCUCUGCUCACAGAUCAAGAACUGUUCUGUCCUGAGUGACGGGAAGUACCAUGAUCCAAUUUGCAGUACCUACUUCACCUGCUACGGUGGAACAUUCUUUGGCCACAACUACUGCCCCGGAGGAACUGUCUUCAAUGAGGCGCUGCAGUCAUGUGAUUGGCCGAACGACACCCUACCUCCAUGUGGAACAAAAGGACUGUCAACUCCAGCUAGAGGUUAAUCGGCUGUCCUCCCCAUGAGCACGAUUAUGGCAAUAAAGCGUUAGAUAUCAACAUC